AUGGCUGCGUCGGAACGGCGCCCACACAAACAGUCCAUGCUUUACAAGUUUCACCCGCAGCACCGCGUCUUUAACACUUGCCCGUGCGGGAAAGUGGAGAGCGCCAAGGUCGCUUGCAGAGGAAUACCGCCAAUGAUGGCAUCCGUGCUGGAUGCAAGUUGUUUUCUUGCACAGAUGAGAGCGUUCCUGCAGAAGUACUUGCUUCCGUGGAGACGCAAUGAUCUAGAAGAUGCUCAGGCCAAGAUUGAAAGCCUGGCCAGUCCUGGCAAAAAUACUUUGAGAAAACAGAGAAAAGAACUUGGCUGGCUUACGCAGAAGCUGAAACAGCACAAGCCGAUCUCUGCGCUGCCAGAACAAGUCUUAUUUAAAGCUUGCGUCUAUUCAGCGCAGCAACUCUUUUGGGUGGAACUCCUUCCUUGUUAA